CUUGGGGAAAGCACGCGCCGCCGCAGUAGCGAGGGUCGUGCCGCUGGGAGGGAAGCGUCUGUUUGCUGGCACGAGCUUCCGAGGUGUACGGGCCGUGCGGGCUGCUGGUUGGUGCUUAUACCCCUGCCGCGGCGGCAGCUCCCUCCACGUGCUUUCUGCGACGACAUGGAGCUGGAGGAGUUGGGUAUCCGAGAGGAAUGUGGCGUGUUCGGGUGUAUCAGCUCAGGAGAGUGGCCCACGCAGCUAGAUGUGCCGCAUGUGAUCACUCUGGGACUCGUGGGGCUGCAGCACCGGGGUCAGGAGAGUGCUGGUAUUGUCACCAGUGAUGGGAAUCCAGUACCAACAUUCAGAACACACAAGGGAAUGGGUCUUAUAAAUCAUGUCUUUACUGAAGACAAUUUGAAGAAAUUAUAUACUUCAAAUCUUGGAAUUGGACACACGAGGUAUGCCACUACAGGAAACUGUGAAUUAGAAAACUGUCAGCCCUUUGUUGUUGAAACACUUCAUGGGAAAAUAGCUGUGGCACAUAAUGGCGAAUUGGUCAAUGCUACUCGAUUAAGGAAAAAGCUUCUGCGUCAUGGUAUUGGUCUGUCAACAAGUUCUGAUAGUGAAAUGAUUACCCAGUUACUGGCAUAUACCCCUCCUCAGGAACAAGAUGACACCCCAGAUUGGGUAGCAAGGAUUAAAAACUUAAUGAAGGAAGCACCCACAGCAUAUUCCCUACUUAUAAUGCACAGAGAUGUUAUUUAUGCAGUACGAGAUCCUUAUGGAAAUCGUCCUCUAUGCAUUGGUCGUCUUAUUCCUGUAUCUGAUAUAAAUGAUAAAGAGAAAAAAUCUUUGGAAACAGAAGGAUGGGUGGUAUCUUCAGAAUCUUGUAGCUUUUUAUCUAUUGGCGCAAGGUAUUACCGUGAAGUCUUGCCUGGAGAGAUUGUGGAAAUAUCCAGACAUAAUAUCCAGACUCUUGAUAUUAUACCAAGGUCUGAAGGAAACCCAAUGGCUUUUUGUAUCUUUGAAUAUGUUUAUUUUGCAAGACCAGAUAGUAUAUUUGAAGACCAAAUGGUUUACACAGUAAGAUACCGUUGUGGUCAGCAGCUGGCAAUUGAAGCCCCUGUGGAUGCAGAUUUGGUUAGCACAGUUCCAGAAUCUGCUACACCUGCUGCUCUUGGUUACGCUGGAAAGUGUGGGCUUCCAUAUGUGGAGGUACUAUGUAAAAACCGGUAUGUAGGAAGAACCUUCAUUCAACCAAACAUGAGGUUAAGACAACUUGGUGUUGCAAAAAAAUUUGGAGUAUUAUCAGACAACUUUAAAGGCAAAAGAAUUGUUCUUGUAGAUGAUUCAAUUGUGAGAGGUAAUACCAUCUCACCCAUAAUCAAAUUGCUCAAAGAAUCUGGUGCAAAAGAGGUACACAUUCGAGUAGCUUCACCACCAAUUAAAUAUCCAUGCUUCAUGGGAAUAAACAUACCAACAAAAGAAGAGCUUAUUGCCAAUAAACCAGAAUUUGAGCAUCUUGCAGAAUAUCUAGGAGCAAACAGUGUUGUGUAUCUGUCAGUAGAAGGACUGGUUUCAUCUGUACAAGGGAUAACAUUCAAAAAACAGAAAGUGAAAAAGCAAGAUAUUAUGAUUCAAGAAAAUGGGAAUGGUCUGGAGUGCUUUGAAAAGAGUGGUCAUUGCACAGCUUGUCUCACUGGAAAAUACCCUGUGGAACUGGAUUGGUAGCUGGUAGGGGUUGUACAGUGUUUCAAGAUAUGAAGCUGGUCAAGAAGUUAUUUAUAGUGGUUAUACCUUAUCCUGUCAGCUUACUGUUACUUUGUACAAUGUAAAAUGCCACAUGGUUAUGUUUACUUUUAUACGUUUUGAGGUUUUUUUCCUGAAAGGGGUACCAAAGUGCUAUGCUUUUUUUAAUGAACAUAGAUAAAUAUUUUUGUGUUAUCUAGGAACUUGGAUGAUCCUUUCAGUUUUAUUUAGUAGUUGAGUGCUUUGAAGCUAUCGAUUAUGAGAUUGUCAACAGUAAUGCAAAGGAUAGGUAAAUUUUCUGUUUUAGAGGGGAUUGCCAGUUACUAUACCUUCCCACAAAUUCUUAUAGAAUUUUGUGGAAUGUUUCUUGAGUUAUUGAAAUUCAGUUAUGGAAUAUUUUCAUAAUUGAACCUUGCUAAUUACAUUUAAUACAACAAUAUUGGUAUUCUUUUUUUACACAAGCAUUGGCUAGCCUUUUUCCCCUGGUUAGAGAUGGGAGGUGGUAAGUGGCAUUUGCCAGGUCCAUGCUUUAAAGAAUUUGCAAGAAGUUAGAUGGUGUGAUGGAAACAGGACAGGUGAGUUAAAUAUAACAUUUCACGCUGAUCUUGAAUCCGUUAUACCCCAAAGGUGUCAACUCUCUAUAGAGUUCUGACUGUAGUUAUAACCUUGGCUUCCCUGUUUAGACAAAUCUUUUUCAAAAAUGCCUUUUUGUGCCUCACUUUUCCCCACCUGUGCAAUGGGGUACUUACUAAAAUAAUUAAUAGGAAUGUGAAUAAGUGUCGUAUAUUUGAUGUUUAGAGCCAUCGUUUUACUCCUCAAGAUUUUAAGAUAGUGCAUGGUUAUUACCUUUUGAAAUGUUGACUAUUAGUCUGCAAUUGAGAUUUCAUUAUGAUGAAGGGAGACAUACAGUUUAGCAGUGCUUUGCCACCCACCUUUGAGAUGCCCUAAGAAUAACUGUAAAAAUAUGUCUGUGGAAAAAGUUUUCCUACAUUUGACUAGUAAGUGUGAUCCAUACUUCUUAGUGCCCUUAUAAUAUAAAGUACAGCAAGUAACUUAGUACAUUUGAAGUAAAAAAAAUUUAGAUUCUAAUAAAACUUUAAUUCUUAAUUUGAUUAAUUAUAUGCAUUUUGAAUGAAGUGCUUGAUCACUUGUAAGUACAUACCUAUCUACAUUUAUAUACAUAUGCAUAUCAUUGCAAUUAAAUGGUCAAGUAGAAACAUUGCAGCGGCCAAUUUUAUUAGGGGAUCAAGGAGGCAACUACUUUUUUGGAAUUAGCAUACCCAUCUAAUUCCAAACAUCAACUUAUCACUUCUUCCUACUUAGUUUUAUUGAGACUAAUGAAUUUUAUUUUUUUGAGGUUUUUCUCUUAUAACAUCUGAGAUUUAAAAUUUUAAGACAACUUGCCCCAACUCCUGUUUAUGUAAGAUUUUUAAAACAUAAAAGUAUUUGUUUCUGUGUUAUUUAGUUACUAUAAUUUGAUGUAUGUAGUUUUCAAAUCCAUUUGGAAAUGUAAUAUUUAUUAAUAACUAAAAUCUUGUGUCUUCAUUUGGUAUAUAGUUUCACAUGUUAUAUAAUGGUAGGCCACGAUAAAAUCCUGACAGCUCUUUAAGCCCACAUACAGCCAGGUAGCAGUGGGCCAGGUGACCCUGUGGCAGUGACGCAAGCAAAUUGGUAUUUGAAUAAAGCCCUGGGACCAUUUGAGUAUAUAGUCUCUUGUCUUAAAUGUUUCUCAGAGCAGCAUGACGUGAAGGAGGCAAGACUAUGGGUCCAUUUUAAACAGCCUUUUUUAACAUUUGCUUUUUAAAAACAAGAGACUCAGGGAAAGUACUAAACCAAAAUCUCUCAUUUGACUUUUGUGUUUUUCAUAGUUUUCAUUUUGCUUUUCAUAGUUUUUGUUUUAUCAAAAUGCUUUUAUAAAGGAAUAUAGUACUGUGACAAUUUGGUAAUUCAACAAAAAUUCUAAAUGUUUCUCCAUCAUGGCCUUGUAUUUCACAAGUUUCUGACGUCUGGAUUACAGUUUUUUACCAGUUUAAUCAAAAAUGUUGUUUAACUGCUUUAAAUUUAUAUAGAGAGUAUUGUAAACUUCAGAGAAGAUAAAGAAUGUGUUUUCACAGGAUCUAUAUUGUUGUGAACUAAACUAAGCCUACUUUUUUGUGACCUCAUUGUGAUGUAUUGGUGACAAAUAUAUGUAAUGAAGUAUGUUUAAA